GCUGCGUGUCCCCGGCAUUCACUCAGCCUCUCACCCAGCCUGUAGCAGUCUCUCGCCCGGUGCAGCACCAGCAACUCCCCUCUGCAGAGUUGGAGGGACCAACAUGUCCUCCUCUUACGCGUCCUCGGAGUGCCGCCGUGUCAGCCCCUCGGUGCACGGCAACAAAUUCGCCACCGCGCACCGGAAGAAGGCCGUGGCCAACAUAUUCGAUAACGUGAACCAGGACGCGCUCAUGAGGCUGUUCCAGAAGACCGGUGACAUGAAGGCGGAGGAGCGCGUGCGGAGCAUCUUCUCCUACACGCAGGACCCGGAGGAGACGGCGCGAGCGCUCAUGGCUCUGAAGCAGCGCAAGAAGGACAAGUUCCUGCAGAUCGCGGGCAUGCUGCGGCACCUGCUCCAGAUGCGCUGAUCUGACUCUUCCACUGGACCGUCUGGGUCAUGAAUGUUGGAAACUCUUACCCGGGUCACCUGCAGCAGAGGAGCGGCAGGUGGACGCGCAGCCCGGCCGCCUGGAGCGCACCGCCGCGGGCAGCUGCCGCCUCACAGGUCGAGGAUGGCGGCAGCAGCGGCAGAGGAGCUUCCUGCCUUGCCGCGUUGGAGAAUGGAAUAUAAAGGGCAUACAAAAACUUCCCUGAGAAUUGAACGCAUCGCUGUGGAUGCUGGGGAGCGGCGCCCUGCUGAGGCGCUGCAGAAACAGACUCUCAGUGCCGAUACCUGCAGCCGCCUGACCUGAACACAUGCCUUUUCUCUCUCUGAACACCUCCUAAGUGGCCACUGAUGUGUUUUUUCACACUGAUUUGCAUUGAUACUGUUCCUUUGUUUUGUAAUAAAUUAUUCCGUUUUGUACAAGAAGUGAA